GAUGAGUCACUCCAAUUAUCCUAAAUAUCCUCCCAUAAUCACCCUCAUGCGUCCCAUACCUCAUCAUUCUCUCUAUAUAUUCCUUCAUUUCACACCACACAACACAAUACUCCAUUCUUCAAUUAUUCAUAUACAUACAUUAUAUUACAUCUUUCAAUUAUUAUAGAUUGCGAUCAUGAUGACUCAUACUGCUCCGAUCUCCUCAGUUCCUCGUCUAUCUGCUUCUAAAUGCGUCCCCAGCCAAAGAACUCAAUUGGUUAAUUCCUCCAAGGCUCAGUUGUCUGAUCAACGCAGCCGGAGAAUUGGGAACGGAAUCCGCACCAGAAAGCUCAAUUUCAGUUGGAUGGCUACAGUGGGGGAGAAUGUCAAGCCAGCAACGCCAGUGACGCCGACAUCGGUGCCAGUGCGUGUGGCGCAUGAGCUUCAUCUAGCGGGUCACCGUUAUCUGGAUGUCAGGACUCCUGAAGAGUUUGCUGCUGGACAUGCAGUUGGGGCCAUCAAUGUUCCAUAUAUGUUUAAACUUGGAUCAGGGAUGACAAGAAACCCGGAUUUUGUGGAGCAAGUAUUGUCCCAUUUUGGAAAAGACGAUGAAAUCAUCGUUGGAUGCCAAUUGGGAAAAAGAUCUCUAAUGGCUGCCACCGAUCUUCUUUCUGCUGGUUUCACGGGUGUGACUGACAUAGCGGGUGGAUAUGCCGCAUGGAAUCAGAUUGGGCUUCCUAUAGAGUCUUGAUUAAAAUUAAAAUAUAUAAGUAAUAUGAAUUGAAUAAGAGGUUUUUGAUGCAACUGUAUUAAAUUUGCAUCAAAGAUGGUUUGUAAAUAUGGUAAAAUUUGGAACAUAAUCAUGUACAUAAAGCUAAGCUAAUGAAACCAUUGCGGUUGUAGUUCUUAGUA